AUGCAGACCGGUUGGGGCUUGCCGCUGUUUUACCAGAUGUACCAGAUCCAGGAGGGUCUAUUUCCAAGGGAAAAUCUGUUCAACGCCGGCCCCGGACAGGAGGAGGCAGCGCACGGGAAAGAGGAAACUAUUGGCGUGCCAUCGCACAAUGAAAAACAUUUACAGAUGGGCGGAGAGGUGGACGAGGUUCAAGAUACUGUGCGUGUUGAAACAGAAACCACAGCUAGUGUGUCUUUUUCGGCGAGUGGUGAGCUUGUGCGGGAAGGGACUCUGGAAAGAAGUGCGGAAAAAGCAUUGUCCAUAUUCGACCUCGACGAAGCGGCGACGACCUUCGCAAUUCUCGGCGAGGAGUACAAAAUCCCCGGAGAGGAGGCGGAACCGCAGCAGCACAGCCAGGGUCCUUCGAACGAAUCCCUCCUUCAAACAGUCCAGUGCGUUGACGAUGUCGACCCGGCACAGCAACUUGUUGCUGACCAAGACGCAGCUCGUGUCAAAGUGGAAGAGCAGAACCCCAUCUGCCUCGCCCGCCGUGCUGUGCGUGACGGCGACCCAAGUUUGCCGCGGGACUCGAUGCCCCGCCAGUGGAUCCAUGUAGACACGGCGCGAGGGCAUUUCCGCGCGCUGCGGAAACAGAAGAAGGAAGAGCAGAUAAGUAGCGAAGAUGUUGAAGAAAACAAUGGAGAUUAUACGACACCACAGACCGCUGCGCCUUCGCCAAAACCAUCAACCCGUCGUCGAGACAACUACUACAAGAAUUUUCGCGCCAACUUCCCCGCCUGGCCCCGGGCGUUUUUCGAGCAUCCAGGGUACCUUCGGCUGCUUUCUGAAAAACCGCUCGCGGAAGAAGGACUUGCGAUUGCGCAGGACAUCCUGGACGCGACGGACGGGGCGCCGACGGUCGAGGACCCGGUCGAAUUUCUUCACCAAUUUGACCUGCGGGAACACCAGGUGGUCCAAACCGGCGCGCACUUUGACGAGUGGCGGGCUCUGCUCGCCGCGCCGAUUCACAAGGAGAAGCUAUUGCAGAACAAACGCCUGAUCCUCUCGCCCCACGGCCACCUGACGCACGAGACAGAUUUGCAUUUUGUCCGGCACCUGGUCGACGUGGCCGAAGCGGUUUUGGACAUUGGCGAUUCCCUCGUGUCCGAGUCCUACGCGCAGCAGUACCUGCAGCGGCUGCUGUGUUUGCACGAUAACAGCGGGGAUAAAGGAAAGUGCAGCACGAUGGAAGAUCUGGAGGUGUACGAAACGCUGUCCCCUUCUGAUGUUAAAAUGGACGAGGAGAGCAUGCGGAAACGCGGUUUGGAAAACGGGUUGGUCACCGAUAAAAGUAUGGCGUUCUCAAACGUUACAUUCUCAACUAUUACAUGAAUUUGUAAUGCAAGAACGGCGAAAGUGAAAGGGACAAGAUUGCGCCUUGUGCAUCACAGAUUUGGCACAGAUUUACAUGCUGAUUAGCCCUUCGGAUGUUUGUCAUGCGAAGCAGCUUAAUCGUGGCGAUCUUGGUGGUAAAUUUGCAUGACAAAUCAUGUAACAGUUGAGAAUGUAACAGUUGAGAACGCCAUAAAAAGCUACUACUGGUUCGAACCCGGGUCGCUACUGAUCCCCGAAGCGCGGUUGUUACUCAUGCUGCGCGCCAGGGGGGAGAUUUACCGUCGGGUUUCUCUAGACAUUUUCAACCUGCGCUGGGACCCGGUCGCGUUCGCGUUUUUCGCAAUGGAACUCGCGUUCCAAUUUGCGCCCGACAACGACGACCGAAUGGCGAAGCUGAAUUUGGUGCAGCGGUUGAUGGCCGGGUUCGAGGGACGGAGGAGAUGUUUCGGCUUCCGGGAAUCGAUUGUGGAUGAUUUGGUCCGCGAAAAGAGAGCAGCAAGUCGUGAUAAGGACCUAUCACAGCACCAAAAUCUCCCCGCCCGCCCCCUGCGCCUGAAACUCGCGUCCCCGUUCUGGGACGUGCUCGCCUUCGCUUGGGGUUUGCCAAUGUACUUUGUCGAGGUUGCUCUCGAUUGGCAACGGGAGGAAGUUGCAAAGAUCGACGAGGUCGAAAGGCGAAUCGCGGAUACCCCGGGAGCGUUAGUGAGCAAGAAAAGCGUACGGCUGCUGGAAAAGAGGUGCAAUUUGGUCUUUUGCAAGACGUUCCAAACGCCAAACAACGAGAACUGCAAGUGCGAAACCUGGUUUCCGAGCAUAUUAGCGGGAAGGAAAUGGGCGUCGACGUCGGCGUCGCACUCAACACAGCUCGCAACAACAGCAGCGCAGGCACAACUGAUAACGCCAAACAAAAUCUGCAUCUUCGUGACCGAUACACGCCCGAUCAACGUAGACCUUCGGUACAUCACAUCAGUUACCUCGACCGACGAGUGGUGGAGCUUGGCCUACGGUAUCAAUUUCCUCUACGCGAAGGAGCACGACUACCGGAUAGAAAGGCAUCUACGCAAGAGAAAUUUACUGCACAUGCACAAGAAAGUGCAUCACAAGAUAUGGCAACGACCUCUACGAGAGCGAAUCUGUAGGUGUAAUGCGGAAUGAGGUUGAAGUAAAUAAAUUAAAAAAAAGUUUUGUCAUGCCAUUGCCACCAUGUCUAUCUCUAUGUACAUGCUGGAGUGCAGAAAAAUAUCCUGUGGAUAGCACCGGGCGGAGUUGCACAAGGAAGUAGCGGACGGGAACGGGGAGACGGACAGCCUGAACCGCUGGAAAAACGACCCGAGCCGGAAGGUGGGCUGGGCGAAAAUGAACAUCAUGCUCAGGCGGCUGCAGGAAAUGGGCGAAAGCACGUGCGAGUACGGGGUUUCGAUGGAUAGCGACGCGUGGUUCAAGACGAAUGAACCUCUGUCCAACAUUGUGGACUACUUCAUGAGGUUUUACUCGAAGCCGAGAACUAGUGGUGGUCCAGUCACGCGAGGGACGCCGGCAGAACAUCAAAACCAAAAUGUUCCACCCUCCGGUGAAAGUGAAAUCGAAAAGCCUUCUGCUGGUCUUCCAAAUCUCGUGCUGACCCCGAUGCACGGCAACGUCCAGUUCGUGAAGGACACCUAUGCAGCACAACAUGUUGCGGGAACAUUUUCUACUACUCAACAAGAAAAUCUUCAUCCGAAAUUAUACGAUUUCGUGAAAGCGGACCACGAGAUCAAGUUUUUUAUCGCUCAGGAGCUGGAUGCGCACGCACCCGCGAAGGACCAGGUUGUUUGGAAUGUGGACAAGAAAGACCCGCGGAACCGAAAGAUUCUCUCCUUCGACGUGGAGUUGCAGGAGGAAGUGAAGGGCUUUGUUCCGAGAGAACAGGUGGAGCUGACGAAGGCACAGGAAUAUGUUGCUACGUCUAUCGCGGAGGAACAAACGGUAACAACCGGAUCAGCGGAGGAAUCGUCGGGAGGAAGGACGAGGGGUUCUUCCGUAGAGGAUGCUCUCUCAGGGGACCGGCAAGGCGAAGAACCCCGACGUGCAGAAGAAGAUGAACAGGUACCGACUUUUCAACAAGCGCAGUCUUCGCCCUACCACCCGCAGUCGCAGUCUUCCUUCAAAUCCCACGGCAGCCGGCGGGGUAACGGCGGGUUUUUCGUUGUGAAAAACGUUACAAACGGCCACCCCUGUUAACACAAUCGGGGGGAAAUGCUUCCAAUAAUCCUCCGAAAUCCUUCCAGCACCCGGCAAAGUUCGCGGCGCCCCAGCCCUGAGUGCAGCCGGGCGGCCUUCUUGUUUUUCUGCCCUGGGACAGGCAGCCCACCGCGGCAGGGUGGCGUAGACAGUCACAGUAGCCCGAGGCGUGGAGCGCAGCCGCUCGCUGUAGGGCUUGCGCCCCUUUGCCACCUUAAACCAGGGCCGGAAAUCGGGCGAGUUGCGCCCCCUUGCCCCCUGUGUUGUGCACUACAGCGGAACGAACUUAACGAAAGGCCGAGGCAGGCUUCCCAGCAAGCCUGCCGCGCCCGGAGGGGGCCGGCCCGCGGCCUGAGAAGAUGCUGCCGCCGGGCCGUAAUGGGUUGCUUGUGGAAGGACCCGCGGCUCGCGGAGUGCGUCGCCAGCCGACAGCUGUCCCUGAAGAGGGCCAACAGAAAAUCCUUCCGAAGGGACCGCCGGAAGGGCUUCCGGAAUGCCCUCGAAAAUCCUUCCCGAGGCUUCCGGAAAUCCUUCCGGAAUCCUUCCGAAAUGCUUCCGAAAUCCUUCCGAGAUCCUUCCGCCGGCGGUAUGGUCGACCCACCCUCCUGGGCGAAAGGGAAAUCGAAAACUUUUUUUUUCUGAAAAAAGCAAUUUGUAAUGCGGCAAAUGCUUCCGAAAUGCUUCCGAAAUCCUUCCCAAAUCCUUCCGAAAUCCUUCCCCUUAUCCUGUUUCGCGGUCACAACUUUUUUGCUUCUCUUUUGCUUUUUUUUUUCGCCAAAAAAGCAGCUUCGCCUGGAAGGAUUUCGGAAGGAUUUGGGAAGGACUUUUCAGCCAAGGCGCCACUUUUUCGCCAGGCAGCGCGCGGCCUACCUCGCACACCUGCACCCGGCCGCCCGUCCGGCACCUGGCUACCUGCCUGGCCCGGAGUUCAUUCUGGUUGUGCCCUUCCCCUCUGGUGUCCCAGCAGGCCACCUACAGGGCGCCGCCGAAUGUGGGCAAGUUGCUUGGUGGGGCGGCGCAUCUCGAUAGGCAUCGCCUCGCUUGCGAUGUUUGAUUGGCGCUUUUUGCGGUUCGUAGUGCCAUGCGGCUCAAAAAUUGAGCCCGGCGCUACGGCGCUCUUAAGUCUGUUCUCCGCCUGCAAAUCGAUGUGGCCGCAGCCACAAUUGGCCCGACAUAGAUAGAUGGCCCCACAGCUUCCAGGCUGUGGGCGCAUUGAAAAGCUGGGGCGUUGAAAACAUUUCGGAAGAUUUUUGGAAGAAUUUCCGCCGGCGGGGGAACGGCGGGUUUUUCAUUGUGAAAAACGACGAGGAGGGGCGGGAAAUUCUGAAGGCGUGGUACGAUUCCGUGGACGAGUUCCCGGAGGAGCUCGGCGUAUACAAAAACCGGCACUCGCAGGGCCUCAACCGGUGCUUCGAUACGGCGGUGCGGGAAAAAUACCAGCUAUGCAAUACAAAUUUCCCGUACAACAUGUACAAGAUGCAUCACAAAUUUCGCCAGUUUGGGCGGAUCUAACACUUGUCAUGCUAAACUAGUUAUCGAAGAACUGAACAGCUUUGAUGUUAUGCUGAGACUGCAUCUGUACGAACGUGUACCUACGGAAAAUUUGCUGUGGAUACCAGUCGAAAAUCGCCUACGGGCCCCCGGAGUUUUUCACGGGGCCAAGGGCGAAGUUGGUAGAGCACAAUUGGUUCAAGAAGCAGGACAAAAUCCUGCCGGACUUGAAGGAGAGGUUUCUGCAAAGGGUGCAGGCAAAGCUGGACUGCAUCGUGUGCCACGAAAAUUUUGGGGAGGCACUGGAAAAGAUAGAAUUCACGUAUUUUGAUGCGUGAUUUUAUUUAUGUGAUUGUCGUCCCAGCAUCUAGCGUUGGGUUGAAGAAUAAAAAGCUGCUGCACCAGCGGCAAAGUCAACGGACGUAUUGUUCAAUGGCUAGGGGGGACCGUUUCCUAUCCGUGUG